AUGGCUUCCACUCAAGUCACAGACCCCACCUCAGCCUGUUCUCCCUCCACGACGAGUCCCGAACGAGAACGACUCGAAGCACGAACGAUGCCUGCCCCACCUCCGUUCCUCUUUGACCUGCCGACCCAAGGCAGCGACGUAUUGAACAGGUUGCACGCCUUCUUGCCUCAGAUCAGGGACGCCAAUAUGCGCUUGGAGCAACAACAGAAGGAUGGGACGAGCUUGAGUGCGCGUGAUGGAGACGAGCGAGCUGGCCUGGUCGACGGGGACGAGGAUCACGAAGAGCAGGAGGAAGUGGUCAUGUUGGAAGAGAUCGAAUCGAGUGAUAGUAGUGACAGCGACGACAACGACAGUGACGACGAUGACGAAGACGAAGACGACAGCGACGAGCACCAAGAAGUCGGUCAAAACUCCAAGAUGGGUGUCGGACAAGCCGGCGACGAAGACCCGGCCAUGGCACAACCUCGACGGUCAGCAGCAUCGGGGCUUUCGCAUCUACUCGACAUCCAAGGCAACUCGUCCAGCGCGGAUUCGUCUGAUCGGCCAACGAAAGCGCUGCCGAGUACCAAGGGCAAGAUCACGCUCAUCCAAGAGAUUGAUCUUACAUGA